GCACCCCCGGACGCCAAGAAGCUGCAGCCAGCUAGACGGAAGUUCGCUUUCUCGGCAGGUCCAACACCGAGCGCAGAACAAAACUCAAGACGAGCUUGCGCACCUUCGCGGCAACCGCCCUCUCAGCCCCGGUUUCCGUCGUCUGCGGCUAUGCUGGCCAGGAGCGCUGCGCGAUGGUCCAAUAAACUCAGGGCCCCGGCUCCGCGGCCGUGCUUCCGGCUCGCGCGACCGCCAUCUCGCCGCUUUUCGAUGCCUGCCGCCGGAUCGACCUCGGGGUCGCCGCCAAUGUCGAGUGCUGGCAUGCUCGCGCCCUUCGUGGGCGAGCUGGACCGCAUUGCGCCCUCGUUCAAUAUCAAUGGCGCGCAGAUCCAAGUCCUGCAGUCCCCGGCCGAGUUCUAUGAAACCCUCAAGCACAAGAUUCGCAAUGCGGAACGGCGCAUUUUCUUGUCGACCCUGUACAUUGGCAAAUCGGAGAAGGAACUGAUCCUCACCCUGCAGGAGACGCUCCGCGCGAAACCUAAGCUCCGACUCAGCAUCCUCACCGACGCUCUGCGAGGAACCCGCGAGGCCCCUAAUCCGUCGUGCGCCUCCCUGCUAGCACCUCUCAUCGCCGAGUUUGGUCCCGACCGAGUGGAGAUUCGCAUGUACCACACACCCAAUCUGACGGGCUUGAGGAAGAGGUACAUACCGAGCCGUAUCAACGAGGGUUGGGGCCUGCAGCACAUGAAACUAUACGGUGUCGAUGACGAGAUUAUCCUCUCGGGCGCCAACCUGUCGAGCGACUACUUCACCAACAGGCAGGACCGGUACCACCUAUUCUCCUCGAAGGACGUCACCGAGUACUUUUCCAACCUCCAGGAUGCCAUCUCCUCGUUGAGCUUUCUGGUCAGGCCGUCAGAGUCCGCCGCCGGAUUCGAAUUGGUUUGGCCCGAGGACAACGCAGCUCCAUCGCCCCUUGAAGACCCUAAGCAGUUCGUCAAGGAAUCGACAUCCCUGCUGGCUGGUCUCAUAUCCGCCAAGACCGCCCCGCUGACAGCCCACGACGCGAUCCCAGCCGAGAAGAGGGACACCAAGGUGUAUAUGCUGGCGCAGUUCUCGCAGCUCCUAUCCCCAGACACAUCAACAGAGCUUCCUGCAGUCACGCACAUCCUGAAGACCCUCUCUCUGCCCCGCUACGCCAACUCAUCCUGGACCUUUACUGCCGGCUACUUCAACCCCGCGCCGUCGCUCACCCAGCUCUUGCUCUCGACGCAAUCGCACAACAACACGGUCAUCACCGCCUCGCCCUUCGCCAACGGCUUCUACAAGUCCCCGGGUGUCUCCGGUCUCCUCCCGGACGCCUACACGCUCCUCGCGCGCCGCUUCGUCCGCGCCGUCCACCAACACCAGCGCGAGGCGUCGACGGUGCUCCGCGAAUGGCGGAGAGGCACCGUGGGGAAGCCGGGCGGCUGGACGUACCACGCCAAGGGCCUGUGGGUGACGCUCCCCGGGCACAGCGACCCGUCCAUCAGCCUGAUCGGGAGUUCCAACUACACUAAGCGGAGUUACUCGCUCGAUCUCGAGGCCAACGCCCUGAUCGUGACGGAGAACGAGGCGCUGCGGCGGCGGCUGGGCGAGGAGCAGCGCUGGCUGCUGGAGCACAGCAGUGUCGUCACGAGAGACGACUUUGCCAGGGCGGACCGGCGGGUGGGCUUCAAGGUCCGCAUCGCCAUGAUGAUUGUGCAGCUGUUGGGGGGGGCGUUGUGAGCGGUGCUUGGGGGGACAUACCCUAGAGCGCGUCGACGGACUUGCCCUCCCUGUAAACUGCUGGAUGGAUGGGCGGGCGGGUUGUAUGAAUACUGUAACAGCACCUAUGAUAGAGCAUUAUACCCGGAAUCGAUUCACUAUUACCUCGGCCCCGGAUACAGUGGUGUACUUGGGGUUAUUGACCCGAAGCGCUUUGUUUGACGCCCUUUUUCCCAGCGUCUAUCGGGGUCUGUCAUAGCCUCUGUGGGCACGAUCCAGUUUUUCAACGCACUUUCACACGACAAUCACAGCCUACAUAGCUGUUUAGGUAGGACCACUGAUCACUAUAGAGCAGGGGCGGGCUCGGUGUUGGGAUGAGGU